AUGUUUGGUCCAAACUGUUCCGCAUCGCGGAUACGCUAUGAGUAUACGGUCCCCGUCUCGGGGCCUAUAGUCCAGCGCCCACUCCACGCGAGUCCUGUCGUGAAUGUGGCCGUAAUAUUGGCCCCGAAUUUUACCUCAAACACAAGCCAUUUGCCAAAUGUUGUGGUAUUUUUAGUGGAUGACUUUGGCUGGUCUGAUGUUGGCUACCAUUCCGAUCACGUGUUGACUCCAAACAUCGACACGUUGGCCGCCGAUGGCAUCGUAUUAAACCAAUAUUACAGUCACACAACUGCGAGCACCAGUAGGGCGUCCCUACUCACUGGCGUCCACCCCAUACACACCGGACUACAGAACCUGUUCAUUAUGAACCAUUCGCCUACCGGUGCGCCCCUACACUACAAACUAUGGCCGCAAUAUCUUAAACAAUAUAACUAUAGCACACAUAUGGUCGUUUGGGUCAUAAAAAUGUUGGAAAUAGUUUCGGUCUCUCAAACUCAGAUGGGGUUUAACAUGAAUCCCAUGGGCGGGCAUAAAAAUGUGCUUAUUCUUUAUAAAGGCAAAUGGACGUUAGGGUUCGCGCGACGCGACUACACGCCCACAUACCGGGGCUUCGACUCAUUCGUGGGCUUCUGGACGCACACGAAAUACAACUACAAUCACACGAGUUGUGAGUUUUAUCGCCACUUUAUCUGCGGUGAGGACUCGCGACACAACACAGACUUCACGACAAACGGAACCGGCGUUUACUCGACACACCAUUUCACCGACCGGUCGCUUCAUCUGAUCGACACCCACAACACUGCGCAACCACUGUUCCUAUAUGUGGCCUAUCAAACGAUACACCACUCGCCCUAUGCCCUAAUGGAGGCGCCGCCACCGCACGAGUUCCCGGAUAUGUUCGGCCACAUCGAGUCAGACCAACGGAAAACAGUCGCGCGAAUGAUAUACUCUAUCGAUCAGUCGAUCGGCGCAGUUGUCGAGCGGUUACACUAUCGCCAAAUGCUCGCUAAUAGUAUCCUGGUGUUUGUCAGCGAUAAUAGUGGUCGUAGCACUGGUAUGCAGGCAUAUAUCACUAAAGGCUAUUCAUAUAUAGUAUUACUAAAUGACCAAGAUUACAAAUCAAAGGGAGGGGAGAGAGAGAGGGAAGGAGGGAGGGUGAGGGUGCAGGUAAAUCCCGGAACCAAUUGGCCGUUCAAACACACCUACCGACCAAUUCAUGGCCUACACGAAGGAGACAUCAGAGCGCCGGCACUCAUAUGGAGUCCAUUACUUACCAAAAGUGGUUACGUCUCGGACGCCAUCGUCGACGUCACGGAUCUGUUGCCAACAGUUUUGGAGGCCAUCGACGGCACCGACAGUUUGGCCGACGAGACCGACAUAUACGGUCGGUCUCAAUGGAGCGCACUGUCCAACAACGACCGCCCGGUGCGACGGGAACUCAUCCAUAACGUCGACCAGGUGUACAACGUGUCGGCCAUUCGUUGGCACGACUGGAAACUCAUGCAAAUCUCGACGCUGGCGCUGACCGCCUACCGGUCGGCGCCGGCGGCCUAUUCAGCCAACGCCGCAAAAAAUGGCGAGUCAUUCAAAGAGCGGCGGACUAUGGAUCGCGUGUCCUGUAAGUCAUACGACGUGUUGCGCCGAAUGAAUAGAGCGCCCGAUUAUGAGGCGCUCAGCGAUGCGGUGGUGGAGUGCGGGCGGCGGCCGACACCUGUCGCCACAGACGACGCGAAUGACUGCCCAAAAGGACAGUUGUGUUUGUAUAACCUUCGACACGAUCCGUGCGAAUACCAUAACCUUAUCGACGAAACGGACCCCGAAUUCGUGCGAUUCUUGUGGAAUAAAUUGGUGACAUUUAACGGGACAUCAGUGCCGCCCCUGUCGCUCGUGCCACUCGAUGACAGAGCCGACCCGAGCCUUCAUAAUAACCGGUGGACUAAUUGGUUGGACACCGGGGAACAGGCACAUCAGGGGGACGGGACUGUUGCCAACAAAGUGCAUACUGAUUUAUAG